UCGCGGGUCUCAGUGGACAGCGCCGUUAGGAGGCAGCGUAUCAAAGCAGCCCUGCCCGUUCGCAGCUCAAUAUUCUCCGAUCCUCGCUGCACUGCCAUCAGACUCUUUCGGUGCUCACCUGACUUUAACAUUUUAAGAUGACUUUUUGCCUUCUCGAAGCCUGGCUCAAAUAGCAAAAUAAAUAGGGACGGCGACACUUUGUUGUUAUAGCAGUUUUAAACGGAGGAAGUCAAUGACUGUUGACGGUUGUGUGGCGAGUUACCUGUUGUUUUUGUGUGAGGGUGGAUCCGCUGAGGGGUAGCAAGAAUCCUUCGUUAGAGACAAACUCGCACAGAUCCCGUGGCGAAGGACUCUGUGGUCUUCCUGAGAUGGAGACGGGACAGUAAUAUCAGUAAAUGAAUAGCCUAAGUUAGGAUAGCAUAUUAACUGCGUGCACGAUUCGGAGAAGACGUAAGACAACAGAACAAGAAGUCUCUGAUCCAAGGGAAUGCUGUACGCAGUAACGUUUCAUAGACCAUUCUUUCAGAAGGUGCUAUGGGAGUAUGGUCAUGAGCCUUGAACUUGAACCGCUGCUCUAAAGAGGAUGUAUGGGUGACUCCGUUUUGUGUACUGGGACAAGCUUCAAACUUCAGCACAAUGAAAUCCGUCUUUUACAGCCGAUUUUUCAUACUCCUUCCAUGGGUUUUGAUCGUCAUCAUCAUGAUCGACGUGGAUACAAAGAGAUCCUCUGUUCGGAACACAGCACAAUUUUACUUGUCGCGACUUGGAAACGCACAGCGGCAUGAGAGACCCGCGUUGCCCGUGAAGAACCGCACAGCUCUACCAGUCAUCUACGCAAUCACCCCCACUUAUAGCAGAGCAGUGCAGAAAGCUGAGCUCACACGGCUCUCCAACACCUUCCGUCAGGUGCCACAGUUUCACUGGAUCGUGGUGGAGGACUCAAGCCCCCGGACGGAGUUGGUGUCGCGCUUCCUCGCCCGAUGUGGUGUUCCGUACACACACUUGAACAUUUUCACACCUCGGCGUUUUAAGCGAACCGGUAUGCCUCGGGCCACUGAGCAGAGGAACAAUGCGCUCAGCUGGCUUCGGCAACACCGCUCCCUCAAAGACGCGGGGGUCGUCUUUUUCGCAGACGACGACAACACAUACAGCUUAGAGUUGUUCGAGGAGAUGCGCUCCACACGGCGUGUGGCGGUGUGGCCCGUGGGGCUGGUUGGGGGUCGUCGGUACGAGAGGCCGCUGGUGGAGAAGGGGAAGGUGGUGGGGUGGUACACGGGAUGGAGGGCCGACCGACCUUUCGCCAUCGACAUGGCAGGAUUUGCAGUGAACCUGCGUGUGAUUCUGUCCAACCCAAGAGCUCAGUUCAAACGUCGCGGGGCCAAGCCAGGCAUGCAGGAGUCCGACUUCCUCAAACAGAUCACCAAAGUAGAAGAUCUGGAGCCAAAAGCCAAUAAUUGCACAAAGGUCCUGGUGUGGCACACUCGUACCGAGAAAGUGAACCUGGGCAACGAACCCAAGCAUCACCAGGAUACCGUCCACAUCGAGGUUUAGACAGAAGAGAAGUCACCUAGGACCCGAGGCGAUUAGCUGGACCGGUUAUUGGAACCUUCUGGAUCUGGAACAUAAGUGGCCACUCUUACUGUACAUGGCUUGAGAUGAACUUGAAAUAAUAA